AAUUAAAUGGGACAUUUAUUAAUUUUAAGGCCAGAAGGCGUAAAUGUAUUGGUUUUGCUGUGCGGGGGCGCGUGUGCUUUAAGCGGUUCUCCGGUCCCGGGUGCUCCGGACACCCACGUCAGCAAAACGUUUUUCCAGCACAAACGGGUUUCGGUCUUUCGGGCAAAGCAGGAAGUGAAAGCAGUUCGCCCUGAUAACAAAAGCUGGACAAAUACAUCCAAAGUAGGCAGAGAAAUGGAGAUGGUUUGUGAAAGUGGGACAUGUCGACCAUACCGGAGUGCGGGUGACGCGGGGCAUCUACCUGUUCACAAAUGGACCAGUGCAGAUAUGUCAGCCAUUCACCAGAGCUGUUUGCUAAAACAGCUGGACCAGCAGAGGCAGCAGGAGUUGUUCUGUGACUGCAACGUCCUGGUUGAGGGACAGAUUUUCCGUGCACACCGUAAUGUCCUGUACGGCAGCAGUGGAUAUUUCAGGAUGUUGCUGUCUCAGGGAUCUAAAGACACUCUGGAGUCUGUAAGUGCUUCUUUUGAUGUCUUCAGCCCUGAUAUCUUUGCCAUAAUCCUGGACUUCAUUUACUCUGGUCAGCUGGAGCUCAACAGCUCUAAUGUAAUAGAAGUGAUGUCAGCCGCCAGCUACCUGCAGAUGAAUGACGUAAUUUCCUACUGCAAGGCCUUUAUUAAAUCUUUCCUUGAGAUCAGUGCAAAAGAGGACGAUGAGAAUCGGUAUUUGUGUCUGUCGGACAGUAGUCCUCUUCAGGACAGACGUGAGAACGUCAUCGAGCCGUCCAACAUGUGUGACGUCAGCAUGAGCCCUCAGACCAGACUCUGGGAUCAACAAGAGGAUGAACAGCCGCAGGAAGACUUCAGAGGAACCAGUCCGCAGCCGUCAGGGCUUCAGCAGAACUCUCCUCCGCAGUCCAGCCUGGAGGAGGAGCAGUACGGCUCUGGGCUCCCGGAACGCAGGAGAAGAGGAAGCAGGAAAAGAACCGCCACCAGUCGCUUGGUAACAGAAGACACUUCUCUCAUUGACCUACAGGGGGUGGUGUCACACUGCUCGCAGAAAGCAGACGAGCUGUACGCCAACCUUCCGUCAAUUGUUGGGGUAGUUGGGGUGUUCAAUAAAGAUUCCACUCCCUCUAUGCGUUACAAAUGUCCGUUCUGCACACACACAGUAAAGAGGAAGGCAGACUUGAAGCGUCAUCUCCGCUGUCACACAGGUGAGCGUCCGUAUCCCUGUCAGGCCUGCAGCAAACGUUUCACUCGCCUGGAACACCUGCGCAGCCAUUUUGAGACGAUUCAUCAGGCCCGUAAGCUGGUGUGCAGGAAGUGCAAACGGCAUGUAACCGAAGUCAAUGGGCGAGUGGUAAGCGAGGGAACCCGCAAAUACAGGCUGUGCGACGUUUGCAUUCAGGAGAGCGGCUACAGUGAGUUAAUCACAGAUGGAACUGAUGAAAAUGAGGAGAAGGAAGGCCUGUUGUUGGGUGUGGAAGAGAACAUGAGUGACAACAGGCAAAUUACAUGGGUCAUGGACGACGAUGACCUCGCGGAAGAUUCAGGAGCAGAUCUCAUAAUCCAGGAAGUGGAGGACAGUGACGAGGAAGCCAGUGGAAAGUGAUGCUAUGUUUGUGUUUGUGACGGUGAAUGGGUAAGAGCUGUCGUCUUGGCAGUUUAACAUCUGUUAAUGUUUCUCUUAAUUUCAUAAGGGAAUUGAUUGUGCGUUUUUGUACAAAUAAAAAUACUUUUCUCAUUACAAAUCUAAAGUAUUUAAGUAUCUGAAGUUUUUAUAAAAGUACAAGUAUAUUUCUGUAAUUUAAAGUAUAUUUAGUUUAUUUCAAAAAAGGCAUUUAUGGCCAAAAGGACAAUGUGGUGGUAAUUCAAUUUAUAUCCAAGGCUGACACACUGGGAUUGUUCUUUAAUUAAAAUUUAAAAAUUCUGUGAUAUCAAGCUUUCAAACUUUAGUUGAUGCCAAGGUUUACAUUUAUCAUUUUAUAUACUAUGCUGCAUGGAGUCCACGUGACCUACUUUGUGUAAUGUGUAACAGACUAAUUUAUUGAUUGCAACAAGUUAUUUGUUAUCAGUCACAGGCUCAACUUAAACAUUGUCUAAAUAAAAUAUUGUAUGUAUGAAUGUAUGUGUUUCUGUUUGACUCUGGAAAUACCAUCUUUGUAAUUUGUCUUAUUUUGACAUGACAAUUAUUUUCUUUGAUUAUUUAGACUAAAGAAAUGUAUUUUAUACAUGCAUUGUGUGUACGAAUCAUCAUUUACAUUUAACCAGAAUAAAACGCAAAUAAAUUUG